CCACUAAGACGGCGGCUGCUUCACGUCGUCGAGGAUAGUUCGCGGCAGCAGAGUAGUCACGAAGCUUGGUGUAAAAUUAUUGGCUUAAAAUUGAGUAUUUUGCUAACAAUUUCUGCAAAAAGCAUUGUGAAAAGUUAACUGCAGUUUUUAUCUUUCCUGGUAAACAAUUGUUUUGAAUAAUAGAUUCUGCAUUUACCGUGUUUUUGGAAACAAAAGUGAUUGCAUAUUAUCAAUAGAACUGCAACAAAAGGUUUUACCCAUUCAUUCGUAAAAAUUCACGCACACAAAUACCUAGGUCUGGUUCGAACGUGAAAUAGCACAGAAAACAAUCACCGCGGCAGUGAAAAGAACAAACAGCUAAAAGAAACGUAUAAUAGCCGGACUUUAGAUAGGAGGUGCUAGGAAUCACUCUGCCUGCCGGGAAGGUGUAGCAGGAUGCCCGACCACAGCGACUUGGACCGACAGAUCGAACAGUUAAAGCGAUGUGAAAUUAUCAAGGAGAACGAAGUGAAGGCUCUGUGUGCUAAGGCACGGGAAAUUCUGGUCGAAGAAGGUAACGUGCAGCGCGUGGAUUCUCCGGUUACGGUCUGCGGCGAUAUUCAUGGGCAAUUUUACGAUUUGAAGGAACUGUUUAAAGUUGGUGGUGAUGUACCGGAAACGAAUUACUUGUUUAUGGGAGAUUUUGUAGAUCGAGGAUAUUAUAGUGUGGAAACUUUUCUUUUGCUUUUGGCUUUGAAGGUCCGUUACCCGGACCGUAUCACUUUGAUCCGUGGUAAUCAUGAGUCACGUCAAAUCACCCAGGUGUAUGGCUUCUAUGAUGAAUGCCUGCGGAAAUAUGGCUCGGUGACAGUGUGGCGAUACUGUACGGAAAUAUUUGAUUAUCUUUCGCUUUCGGCAAUUAUCGAUGGAAAGAUAUUUUGCGUACAUGGUGGUCUCUCGCCAUCGAUUCAGUAUUUGGACCAGAUUCGUUCAAUUGAUCGUAAGCAGGAGGUACCCCACGACGGACCGAUGUGCGAUCUGCUGUGGAGUGAUCCGGAAGAUACGCAUGGUUGGGGAGUUUCGCCACGAGGUGCUGGUUACUUGUUCGGAUCGGAUGUUGUCUCACAGUUCAAUGCGGCCAACGACAUCGAUAUGAUCUGUCGAGCUCACCAACUUGUUAUGGAAGGGUACAAGUGGCAUUUCAAUGAAACGGUUUUGACUGUGUGGUCGGCUCCCAAUUAUUGCUACAGAUGCGGCAAUGUUGCGGCUAUUUUAGAGCUGAAUGAAAAUUUGCAGCGUGAUUUCACUAUCUUCGAAGCAGCUCCGCAGGAGAGUCGUGGUAUUCCGUCGAAAAAACCACAGGCCGAUUAUUUCUUAUAAAAGCAAACUACGACCUUUUCCUCCGGAAUACGACUGACGCCGGGCUGAUUGGCGGUUUCCGGCCGGUGCGAUUACUUAAACCAAGUACGGAACCAACAGCAAUCCACACGAGUGUCACUUGCCCCGAUGUAGUAGCUCUUAUCUAGCUGUCCUUGUUAACAAAACACUAGGUCUUUGAUUAUGUUUUCUGUUCUUUUUACUUUUCUUUCGUGCAGAAGUGUAUUCUCUAAGAUUUUUAAUAUUUACUAUUUACGAAAAUCAUCUUUCUAUUAGUUUUAAUCACAAUUCUUUUAAAACCUUUCAAUUGUGAAAAUGACGAAGCGAAGAUAUCCUUUGUUUCUUUUUGUUUUAGUAGGAAAAAAACACUCAAUUAUCACAGUCUAAGACGGAACCCAUUGUGUAUAAAAUACGAAAAGUACGUUUGUUUUAUUUUUUCCCUCCAACUGUUCAAUUUAGCAGAAAACGAAGAUAGACGAAAUAACCUAACAAAAACAAACUGUAGACUGCCGAUCAAUAAUAGGAAUGAAAACGGGGAAAUGACCUUGUGUAACGAUGAAUGGACACUAACCAUAAAAAUAACAUUAUAAAACUUCUAGUAUUUAUACAAAAGUAAGGUAAUAUAUGACAUAAGUACGAUGAAGGAAACAAGAGAAACAAAAAAAUGAACACAAGCACGGAGAAUUUUUUUACGUUUCUCGAGUCUACAAUUAUUAUUCUCAGUUUAUCUUUAAACACAACAGAACAACAAUGUGAACCAUGUCGUUCGAGUAAGUUGGACUGUCCUACUAAGACCAGCAAUCACCCUCAAAUAGAAGCUUCCUGCCCACACUUGCUCUAACGCCAUGGCUCAUACAUUACCCGAUGUGCCUGCAGACAAGCAACAUUUCCAAGCUUAACGGUCAUCGGAUUGCGGGACGAAAACAGUUUAUAAAUCAGCAACAAUUUGAACAACACCGUUUAUACGUUUAUAAAUACGCAGCCAGAGAAAGAAGUUUGGUUAUUAAAAGUAAUCGAUAAGUAAACUGUAGUUUUUACUGCUGCUAAUAUUACUAUAGCUAAAGCAGUUAGGGUAAAUUUGCAAGCAUUGGAAGAAUAACACAUACAUCUAUAGUUUAUAAAGUGAAGUGAUACAAAUAAAACUAAAUCAUAGGUA